AUGGAGGCCAAGGGCCCCAUUAAAGUCUUAACAGUUGGCUCUGCUGUGGGAUCGAUUUCCCAACUCUUUGCCAAAGUCAGAGGAAUCAACGCGAAACAUGGCCCAUUCGAUCUUUUGCUCUGUACUGGCGACUUUUUUGGACCAGUGACGUCUGAUGAAGAUGAAGACAAGGUGGAAGACGAGGUAUCUCAGUUACUGGAUGGCAUACUGGAAGCACCCGUAGAUUGCUAUAUCAUGCAAGGAGACCAGCCUCUUCCCAAGCGCGUUGUUGAUAAGUUUGCCAAAACAAACGGUGAACUCUGCAAGAAUGUCUUCUUAAUGAGCAAGUCUGGAACCAUCACAACCGCGCAUGGAAUCCGAAUUGCAUGCCUCGGAGGCGUUUAUGACCAAAACAUCUACUACGCUUCGGAAGCUGCUCCAGGAUUCCUCUCGCCCUUCUUCGCAUCACAAACCAUUGACCGUCUACUCGCUAACACCCUCGCAAAGACAUCAACGAAACAAAACUAUUCCUCUCUCUCUGCCAUCCAAUCCUCGACCGCCAGCUCCCAACACAUCGAUAUCUUCUUGUCGAACGCUUGGCCAAGUGCAAUAACGCGGCUAUCCUCGGUGCCCUUGCCCGACCCAAAUUUGGCUUCAAUCGGGGCACCACCAUUGGAUGAACUCAUCUCUAAACUUCAGCCCAGGUAUCACUUCGCUGCUGCCGGGGGAAGUCCACCAAAGUUUUGGGAGAGAGAGCCUUUCGUAUGGGAUGGCGAGGAAGGACGUGUAACCCGCUUCGUUAGUCUUGGAGCAUUUGGCAAUGAUGGGGGUGCAGGUAAAAAGCAGCGGUGGUUCUACGCAUUCACUAUCGCUCCAACGUCUGUUGCCUCUGCACCUGUUCCCCGACCUGCCAACGCAAGCCAGAAUCCUUUCACCACUGGCGUCGUCAGGUCUGCAACGAAGCGGCCAUUGGACGAGUCGGGCGAAAACUUUAUCUUUGGAAGUGGUGUAAAGCAACCCACAAAGCGGUCGCGAACUGUUCAAGGCGAGCCAGGGAAGCCACCACCUGGAUAUAAAUGCAGACGAUGCGAUUCGACAGAGCACUUCAUUAACGACUGUCCUGAGAGGAGUAAGCCUCCUGAUAACUAUAUUUGCAAGAUCUGCAAUACUCCCGGACACUUCGUUCGAGAUUGUCCGACCAGGGAUGCUGUUGGCGAUACGGGCGGCAAGAAACCCAAACCGGGGUAUGUGUGUCGUGCGUGUGGAAGUGAAGAGCAUUACCUUGAAGACUGCUUGACUGCCAACCAACAACGAGGUGCUCAGUCCGACCGUCGGGGCGGACGGCGAGGCCCCCCUAAGGAAAUAUCCACGGAUGAAUGUUGGUUCUGCCUGUCAAACCCUAAUCUUGCGAAGCAUCUCAUCGUGGCCAUUGGAAAUGAAUGUUAUGUGACGCUUCCAAAGGGGCAGAUUAUCCCUACACAUUCCGACAAUUACACUCCUCAAGUUCCGGGUGGAGGACACGUCCUCAUCGUGCCGAUUACGCAUUGUCCGACUUAUUCGACUAUACCCCGAGACCUUGCCAAACCGAUCCUGGACGAGACGGAAAGUUUCAAAACAGCUCUAUCUUCCUUGUACAACAAGUUCGAUGCGGUCCCUGUGUUUUUCGAAGUUGCCCGAUUAAGCGCGAAAGGCGGUCACGCUCACGUCCAGGCUGUACCGGUGCCUCUUCGGCUGAAAGAUAAGAUUGAAGAACAUUUCGUCCAGGAAGGGAGACGGCAGGGUAUAGAUUUCGAGUCGGACCCUGAAUCAGCUCUGGAAUCUUGCCAAGGUGGAAGGGGAAGUUACUUCAGGGUAGACCUCCCAAACGGAAAAAAGAUGGUUCAUCUUCUGAAGGAUAACGUUCCUUUCAGCAUUCAAUUUGGGAGACAAGUUCUUGUCUCGUUAUUGGAAAUGCCUGAUCGAUUCGACUGGAAGGCGUGUAUGUUGUCAGAAGAGGACGACCGUGCCGAUGUGCAGGCGUUUAAGGCCGCAUUUGCGCCAUUUGACCCCGCUGCUUGA